AUGGCAUCGCAAGCGUCUGCUCCAGUCAGUACUGCUGCCGGCUCGUCGCAGUCGUACCUGCUAGCACCAUUGCAGUCGUCAGCAUCGUCGAAUGUGCCCAUCACUCCCAGCAAAGCACGCAAGCAGGCUCAAGCGCAGCGAACACGGCUCGUCGCACUAUCCAAACACUUGAUGACCAGGCUGCAGUACGCCAACUUCAAGGUCGAGCACGGCUGGUCCAAACAAUCGCUUCCCGAGGUCGAAAACCUCUACUACAGACAGAACCAGUCCGGAACCAGUACUGCCACCGCCACUGGAGCAAGGAAGAGCGCCUCGACAUCACCUAACAACAAAGCACCCGUGACGCCCAGUGUCGCAGCCGCCCAAGCUCAGCUCGCCCUCGGAUCGCGCCUUUUCAAAGAUGCAGCUGUCAAGAAGACCGAUGCAGAAGGCGGUGACGUCUUUGGCGGCUAUGGCCUCGCCACUCCCCCCGCAUCUGCCGGAAGUAUUCCCGGUGCUACUUCGUAUCUGACGAGCAAGCGCGGUCGAUCUGCAUCGUCCACACCCAUCUCGCCGCCCAACACCAGCACCAACUCUUCGGCCAGCAAGGCUGGGGAGGCGCAGAAGCGCUCGCCAAACAACAAAGCGACGGCAGGUGGCGCGACGAGCUAUGCGGACUUUUGGAGUCGCGUGGGCAGCUCGACUGCCACGUCUGCCGGUGCAGGGAGAUCGUCCAUCAGCCCGAGCAAGAAGAGGAGCGCAGACGAGGUCGUUGCUGAUGCUCCCAAGGCGUCCGAAAGCGGAACAGCGACGUCGAGCCCACACAAGCGGGUGAGGAUGGAGUCGGAUCCAGAACGAGCAGCCUCCAGUAGCCCGGCUAAAACGACUCUGGCCGAUCGAGGCCCCAGCUUCGCCAGCAGCGUUCGCAAGCAUUGA